AUGGGACCCGAGAAGUGGAGCUCCGAGAUUUCCCUACCUUCAGGCACACCAGGCCGGGAAAGAGAAAUACUUCCCACAGCAGCAGAUCUCGAAGCCAACCGGCCACUUUUGUCCAGGACGUCCACCCUUCAAGAGAACGCCCGAAGUCAGACGCCCGAAGUCUUCCUUUCAGACAAAAGCCUGCAACGAGGCCGAAGAUGGUUCUGGCCCGAUUGGAAUAUUCGCGUCAACGCUCGCGUCGUAUCUGAUGCGAUUCUUGGCCUUUCUGAUGGACUCACCGUCCCAUUCGCUCUCACUGCUGGCCUGACGGCGCUUGGGGACACAAGAGUGGUUAUCCUAGGAGGACUCGCGGAGUUGAUCGCGGGUGCAAUAUCAAUGGGACUCGGAGGAUAUGUUGGUGCCAAAAGCGAAAUUGAGUCUUUUAACACCACAGACCGUAGCUGCAACCAGCUGAUCCUGCAUGAACCGCAGGCCGCAAGAGACUUUGUCCAGGAGUAUUUCGAGCAAUUUGGACUGUCAGAAGAAGAGACGAAACGAGUGGCGGAUCACAUGAAGGCGUCCGCGCCCAUGUUCAAAGACUUUCUCAUGCAGAACCAUUUUCAAGCGACCAAGCCAGACACCAGUCGACCCUACCUUUCAGCGCUUACGCUAGGCAUCAGCUAUUUCAUCGGCGGGUUCAUUCCUUUGAUACCCUAUUUCAUCGUAGCUCAGGAUAAUGUUCUGGCCGGAUUGUGGUGGAGCAUUGGACUGAUGGCGGUGGUGCUGCUGAUCUUUGGGUACAUCAAGACGGGGGUCGUUCGGGGCUGGACUGGAAAGGAGAAUUAUCAGGCUUGCACGGGAGGGGCAUUGCAAAUGCUGGUUGUGGGUGUUAUUGCUGCUGGAGCGGCAGUGUGUCUGGUUCGAUUGAUCAGUGGCACGUAA